UAACAGCAAAACUGAAUAACCGGGAAUCUUAAGCCAUCAAAAUGGUCGUAAACUUCAAAGUUUUCAAGAAAUGUUCUCCAAAUGGAAAACUUUCUCUCUACCUUGGUAAACGUGAGUUCGUCGAUUACUUAUCUGGUACAGAGGCUAUCGACGCAGUCCUGCGAGUGGACCAGGACUACAUAGACUCAGGUCGAAAGGUCUUCGGCCAAUUAAUCUGCAGUUUUCGUUAUGGACGCGAAGAGGACGAGGUGAUGGGCCUGAAUUUCCAAAAAGACCUCUGUCUGGCUUCGGAGCAGAUCUACCCUCCUCAAAAAACCGACUGCAACAGGACUCGUUUGCAAGAUCGUCUCUUGAAGAAAUUAGGCUCCAGCGCUGUUCCGUUCACCUUCACCUUCCCCCAAUCUUCUCCAGCAAGUGUCACUCUUCAACAAGGAAAGGAGGAAGGUGGUGAUCCUUGUGGUGUUAGCUAUUACGUCAAGAUCUUCUGUGGCGAACAUGAUAGCGAUUUCACUCAUAAAAGGAGCACCAUUUGUCUUGGCGUAAGGAAGAUUCAAUUUGCACCGACUAAAGAAGGCAGACAACCGUGCACUGUAGUCAGAAAGGACUUCUUACUGAGUCCUGGAGAGCUGGAGCUUGAGGUAACACUCGAUAAGCAGAUUUAUAAUCACGGGGAGCCAAUUGCUGUUAAUAUUUGUGUCAGAAAUAACAGUAAUAAAAUGGUAAAAAAGAUAAAAGCUUUGGUGCAACAGGGGAUAGACGUCGUUAUCUUCCAGAAUGGACAGUUCAGGACAGUUAUUGAUGCUGUUGAGACGCAGGAUGGUUGUCCUAUCAGUCCAGGGUCCACGUUGCAAAAGGUAAUAUACCUCAGACCUGAUCUAGAGUGUAACAGAGAGAGACGGGGGAUUGCACUUGAUGGAAAACUAAAGAGGGAGGAGGAUCAACUCGCUUCGAGUACCUUGUUAACCACUCCUGACGUCAGGGAUUCGUUUGGAAUUGUUGUUUCUUAUGCUGUAAAAGUUAAGUUAUAUCUUGGUGCACUUGGGGGAGAACUCACAGCCGAGCUACCUUUCAUUCUCAUGAGACCUAAGCUCUCGGAGAAGAUCAAACUGGUGCCAACUGAGAGCGUUAUGAUCGAGGAUGUUCCAGAGGACAAGAUCAAGGAGUAGUCAGAGCUGGACAGAUUUUGAGUGAGAAAUUUAGAGGGGAAGUGGUAAAAUGAUGGAAGGUGGCUUGACAGGUUUGAAAAUGUUGAGAUUUUCUUAGAUGUGAUCAGAAUGAGAAACCCUCAUAGAAACUCUUUUCCAAAAUGGUCUAUUGCCGUCCUUCGAAAUUGAUAAUGACAGAAAUAAUUGAAGAAUUAAUGAGUGAUACAUUAACAUCAGCCUUUUACCACUUUUCUACUAUCGUUUUGAUUCGCCCAAAGGAAAAAACUAAACCGAUUCUUGUUCAAUUUCCUAUUUCAAUUUUUCCAAUGAAAAAUUUUGGAUUGAGAACUCUUCGUUAUUUUUCUUCCCGAAAUAUUCAUUAUUGAUCACUAAAUGUUUUAUGGCUCUUCAACUUGAACUAUAAUUUUUAAAUUGUUUAAAUUCUGGUCAAACCCAAAUAAAUUGGUUUCUUCGCUUCAUCUUUUUGAAUAAUUUUUAAUAGAUUCUCCAUGAUUUCUGUUAAAUUAUUGUUCAAGUAAGAAUCGAAAAAAGUGUCGCUCCGGAAGGAUUUUCCGUGGAUUACGAUGGCAAGUUUUAUCCGACUCACCUAGCAACGAAUGUUGUUGGACGAACGAGCGUAGUAAAGUCAACCAUAUCGUAGGAAUUUGUCUGAUUCGAAAACAUCACCGGAGUGUACUACACAAAAUGCCAAAAUAUCCCAAUAUAUAUAAUAAAUAUAUAUGAAUAAAGUAAUCAACUAACUAGUUUGUAACUGAGAGGAUACGACACACUUUCGAUUGUAUUUGUACUUCGCUUUAACGAUCCAAAAAUCUAUUAUACUCCAUUAUGAAUUAUUGAUAUUUCACUUAUAUAUUAGCGAAAGAUUACUCAAGAAAUAAGAUGUUAUAAUUAAUAAUAUUUCGAAUACAUUGGUAUGAAACAGUAUGUAAUCAAUACCAUUUCUAUAAUAACAGCUACUCAUGUAUUCUUUGUUAUGUAAACUCUAAUAUUUUGUCGUCUUGAAGAAUGUUCCCAAUAAAUAGAAAACGACUGAAAGCUUGGAAAA